GCCUUGGCCGCCUGCUCCUGUUCCUGGGCUGCCUGGCAGCCGCACAGCCCCAAAUGCUGGAUUGGCUGGGGAUUCCGGCCGCCGGCGGGCUCACAGCCCCAGCCAGCCCUCUGCUCGAGGCCCACACGGGCCCCUCACCCCUGGAGGCCCAGGAGGCGGCCCAGACAGCGGGUCCGGGCAGGAAGGACGACAACCUCGCACUGGUGGGAGACAAGAUUCUGCAUCUGGCCGAGGGCAUCCGGAGCUACGUCCAGCUGUGGAGUGACAUCCUGCCCACUGUGAGCCCCAGCGUGGAGGAAACGCCAGGCCCAGUGACCCCCGCAGGCACCCUUGCUCCCCUUGGGCCUGCUGGAAGCCCCCAGAUGGGGCCGGAUCUGCAGCCGAGCCCUAGAGAGACGAGUUCCCGGGACCCCCACAGCAUCCCACCUAGGCCCACCGGGCCGCCCCCCUCCUGGUUCAGGGAGCCCUUGGGGCCGUCCAUGUGGUCUCCAGACACAGUGGGAGCCGAGGUGGGGCUGCUGCAGCUUCUCGGGGAGCCCCCGCCGCCGCAGGUGACCGCCGUGGAGGACCCCGACGUGGGCCCGGCCUUCCUCUUCGGGCCUGACUCCAACAGCGGGCAGGCGGCGCGCACGCACUUCUCCAGCCGCUUCUUCCCCGACUUUGCGCUGCUGCUGCGGGUGCGGCCUGACUCGGACCGGGCGGGUGUGCUGUUCGCCAUCACCGACGCGGCGCAGGCCGUGGUGACUGUGGGUGCCAAGCUGGGCGCUGUCACCGAGGGCCACCAGGAAGUGCAGCUGCUCUACACAGAGCCUGGCGCCCCGGCCACGCGCGUGGCGGCCGCCUUCCACCUACCCGCCUUCCCUGGCCACUGGGUGCGCCUGGCGCUGAGUGUGCGUGGGCAGUCAGCCACGCUCUUUGUGGACUGCAAGGAGGUGCAGCGGCUGCCGCUGGCACGCGAAUCCCGUGGCCUGCAGCUGGAGCCUGGUGCUGGCCUCUUCGUGGCUCAGGCGGGAGCGGCCGACCCCGACAAGUUCCAGGGGGCAAUUGCAGAGCUGAGGAUACGCAGGGACCCCCAUGUGACCCCCCAGCUCUGUCUGGAGGAUGAGGAAGACGACAGAGAUGAUGACGACGGGGCGUCAGGAGAUGUGGGCAGCGGCACGGAGGAGCAGCUGACACCUGACAGUGAAGACAGGGGCUCAUCCCCAGAAACCAGCCUCCCCGAGACCCCCCCGGUCACGUCUCCACCCUUGGCCAGAGACAGUGACAGGGAAGACUCCAGAACGGAAGAGAUGGAAGAGACGGAAGAGACAGCCCUGCCUUCAGUAGAAACUCUGCCCCCAGCUCAGACCUUGCCUGACAGCGCUGAGGCCGCCAUGUGGGACAGCAGUAUCCAGAACCCAGAGGGCCGCCGGGCAGAGGGAGGUCUGAAGGGGCAGAAGGGGGAGCCAGGCCCCCAGGGCCCCCCAGGUCCAGCUGGCCCCACACUGCGGACCCCCAGCAUACAGCCUGUGCCAGGACCACAGGGCCCCCCUGGACCCCCAGGGCCGCCGGGGGAGAACGGCACCCCUGGGAAGGAUGGUGAGCGGGGAAGUCCUGGUGAAGAUGGAAGACCCGGUGACACGGGGCUGCAGGGCUUCCCAGGAAUGCCGGGCGACGUGGGUCCCAAGGGGGAGAAGGGGGACCCUGGGAUUGGGGCAAGAGGACCCCCAGGACCGCAAGGACCUCCGGGACCCCCGGGACCACCCUUCAGGCCCGACAGGCUGACCUUCAUUGACAUGGAGGGCUCCGGCUUCAGCGGGGACCAGGAGAGCUUCCGGGGCCCCAGAGGCUACCCCGGCCCCCCGGGCCCCCCUGGAGUCCCAGGCCUGCCCGGAGAGCCUGGCCGCUUUGGACUGAACAGCUCGGUGGUCCCUGGACCUGCAGGCCUGCCCGGGGUGCCCGGGAGGAAAGGACUCCCCGGCCCCCCCGGCCCCCAGGGACCCUCAGGUCCUCCAGGAAAAAGUGGGCGUCCAGGCCCCAUGGGUGCGAAGGGCAGCCUGGGUGAGGCAGGCGCCCCAGGACCCAAGGGAAGCAAGGGGGAUUCUGGCCCCAUGGGAGCUCCCGGGAGAAAUGGCUUGGCAGGCGCCCCGGGACCAGCUGGACCACCAGGGCCCCCCGGCCCCCCCGGCCCCCCAGGCCCAGGACUGCCUGCAGGUUUUGAUGACAUGGAAGGUUCCGGAGUGCCCUUCUGGGUACCAUCACAAGGUGCAGGCAACCGACAGGGAGUGGUCGGUCCGCCUGGAGCCAAGGGCGACCCUGGCCCAGUGGGCCCCCCCGGAUCCAAGGGAGAGGUGGGCGCUUCAGGUGCCCGCGGGUUGCCUGGCCUUCCUGGCAGAGAGGGUGCUUCAGGCACUCGGGGCCUGAAAGGAGACAAAGGCAGCAGAGGGGAGAAGGGCGAUCCGGGCAGAGACGGAGUCGGGCAUCCUGGCCUUCCCGGACCCCCGGGGCCCCCAGGGCCGGUCGUCUACGUGUCUGAACAGGACCUACAGAGAGCCGUGGCCUCUGUCCCAGGACCGGAGGGCAGGCCCGGCUUUGCUGGCUUCCCUGGCCCAGCGGGGCCAAAGGGCGACCUGGGCUCCAAAGGCCAGCAGGGCCCCCCAGGGCCCAAGGGUGAGAAGGGGGAGCCGGGCGCAGUCUUCAGCCCCGAUGGCAGAGCAGUGGCCCCUGCCCAGAAAGGUGCCAAGGGAGAGCCUGGCUUCCGUGGACCCCCGGGUCCCUAUGGACGGCCAGGGCACAAGGGGGACAUCGGCUUUCCAGGACGGCCGGGCCGCCCCGGGAUGAACGGAUUGAAGGGCGAGAAAGGGGAGCCCGGAGACGCCAGCAUCGGCUUCGGCGUGCAGGGCCCCCCUGGCCCCCCAGGACCUCCAGGGCUCCCCGGACUCCCUGGGAAGCCUGUGUACGACAGCAAUGCAUUCGUGGACUCUAGUCGUCCAGGACCUCCGGGACUGCCAGGUUUCCCGGGCCCUUCAGGAGCAAAGGGUGACAAAGGAGAGGUGGGCCCACCCGGAGCCCCAGGCCAGUUCCCGCUUGACUUUUUCCAGCUGGGGGCCGAGAUGAAGGGCGAGAAGGGGGACCGCGGGGACGUGGGGCAGAAGGGGGAGCGAGGCGAGCCCGGCGUGGGUGGCGGAUUCUUCGGCUCCAGCGUGCCUGGCCCUCCCGGGCCCCCAGGCUACCCUGGCAUCCCGGGCCCCAAGGGAGAAAGCGUUCGGGGCCAGCCUGGCCCACCUGGACCUCAGGGCCCCCCUGGCAUUGGCUAUGAGGGACGCCAGGGCCCACCCGGCCCUCCUGGCCCUCCUGGGCCCCCUGGCCCACCAUCGUUUCCUGGGCCCUACAGGCAAACCAUCAGUGUCCCAGGGCCUCCCGGCCCCCCUGGCCCCCCCGGGCCACCUGGAAAUAUGGGCACAUCCUCAGGGGUGCGCAUCUGGCCCACGUACCAGGCAAUGCUGGACACGGCACCCGAGGUGCCUGAGGGCUGGCUGCUCUACGUGGCUGAUCGGGAAGAGCUGUAUGUGCGUGUGCGGCGUGGCUUCAGGAAGGUCCUGCUGGAGGCGCGGACGCCACUGCCCCGAGGGACGGACAACGAGGUGGCCGCGCUGCAGCCCCCGCUGGUGCAGCAGAUGCAGGAGGGGAACCCGUACCCGCGGCGCGAGCCGGCGCCCUCCACCGUGCGGCCCUGGCGCGCCGACGACAUCCUGGCCAGCCCCCCGCGCCCGCAACCCUACCCCGGCGCCCCGCACCACGGCGCGUACGUGCACCCGCGACCCGCGCGCCCCACCGAAACGCCUGCAUACGCGCACCUGGACUUCCGUCCCGUGCUGCACCUGGCGGCGCUCAACAGCCCGCAGUCGGGCGGCCUGCGCGGCAUCCGCGGCGCGGACUUCCAGUGCUUCCAGCAGGCGCGCGCUGCAGGGCUGAGCGGCACCUUCCGUGCCUUCCUGUCGUCGCGGCUGCAGGACCUGCACAGCAUCGUGCGGCGCGCCGACCGCCACGCGGUGCCCAUCGUCAACCUCAAGGACGAGCCGCUCUUCCCCAACUGGGAGGCCCUGUUCUCCGGCUCCGAGGCCCAGCUGAAACCCGGUGCGCGCCUCUUCUCUUUCGAUGGCAGGGACGUCCUGCGCCACUCCACCUGGCUGCAUAAGAGCGUGUGGCAUGGUUCGGACCCCAGCGGCCGCCGGCUGACCGAGAGCUACUGUGAGACAUGGCGGACGGAGGCAGCAGGCACAGUGGGCCAGGCGUCCCCGCUGCAGACGGGCAGGCUGCUGGGACAGAAGGCUGUGAGCUGCCACAGUGCCUUGGUCAUCCUCUGCAUCGAGAACAGUGUCAUGAGCGCCGCCUCCCAGUAGG